AGCUGCUCCAUGAUGAAGAAGAGGAGAGCAGAAGAGCAGGCUCUGGGUGUCCCAGUCAAUAAGAGGAAAUCCCUGCUGAUGAAGCCUCGGCACUACAGCCCAGACACCAACUGCAAAGGAGACAGAGAAGACAAGAGUGAGGAUGACAGCCUCUUGGAAACAAGAGAUCGCUCUGCUUCAGAAGGAAUCCUAUUAAAGCCUUCAGAUGAGAACCUUAAUUCAACUGCACAAGAACAUGCCCCCCUGAAGGAAGAUCCGUAUGCAUGUUAUCAGGAGCUCAUGGUCAAGUCUUUCCUGCACUUGGGAAAAAUGGAAAGGAAUGUGUCUGUGCAGACUGUAAGUGAAAACGUAAAUGACAGUGGCCUCCAAUCUUUAAAAGCCGAGCAUGAUGAAGCAGAUGCGUGCUUUAUGAUUCACUCAAAUGAUGGAAGAGAUAAACUCAGCUGUUCCCAGCCACCAUUCUGUUCCUCUGAUGACAGUGAAAGUAACUCUGAAAGUGCAGAGAAUGGGUGGGACAGCGGCUCUAGCCUGUCAGAAGAUGCCAGACCUCACAGAAGUGCAAAAUACAUGCUAGUGGAUGAUAAAAAAGAACUACUGGAUGUUCCUGAAAUUAAAACUGAAAGUGACAAAUAUAUCCCUUGUGAGAAUAGGUGUGAUUCUGACACAGACAAGAGAGACCUACAGAAUGCUCAUGUGGAGUCCUUCCCUGAGAUUGAGGAAGAAGAUGGUAAGAGCCUAGCCACCACAACAGAAGAACCUCGUGACAUGGAAAAAGCCAAGGGGAACCUAAGCUUGCUGGAACAGGCAAUUGCUCUGCAGGCCGAGCAAGGCUGUGUUUUCCAUAACACCUACAAAGAGCUGGACAAGUUUCUCCUGGACCACCUGGCAGGAGAAAGGAGGCAAACCAAAGUUAUUGACAUGGGUGGAAGACAAAUCUUUAACAACAAACAUUCACCGAGGCCUGAAAAGAGAGAGACCAAGUGCCCCAUCCCUGGGUGCGAUGGCACAGGGCAUGUGACGGGGCUCUACCCCCACCACCGCAGCCUUUCAGGGUGCCCCCAUAAAGUGCGGGUUCCCCUGGAAAUUCUUGCCAUGCAUGAAAACGUGCUCAAGUGUCCCACCCCAGGAUGCACAGGAAGAGGGCAUGUGAACAGUAAUCGCAACACACACAGGAGUCUUUCUGGCUGUCCCAUUGCUGCAGCUGAAAAACUGGCAAUGUCACAGGAUAAAAGUCAGCUUGAUUCUUCCCAAACUGGGCAAUGUCCUGACCAGGUGGUUCACAGGACAAACUUAAUGAAGCAAAUUGAACUCAAUUUCCGAUCACAAGCCAUCACCUCUCCCAGAGCUACCAUGUCAAAAGAACAAGAGAAGUUUGGAAAAGUUCCAUUUGAUUAUGCCAGCUUUGAUGCCCAAGUUUUUGGCAAACGUCCCCUCAUCCAAACUGGACAAGGACAAAAAACACCACCAUUUCCUGAAUCAAAGCAUUUUUCAAAUCCAGUGAAAUUUUCUAAUCGACUGCCUAGCGCAGGCGCCCACACACAGAGCCCAAGCCGAGCCAGCUCUCAUAGCUACGGUCAACGCAGUGAAGACUCCCCCAUAGCAGCAGCUGCUGCCAUCCUCAACCUUUCCACCCGCUGCAGGGAAGCCGUAGACAUCCUCUCCAACAGACCACAGAGUCUGCGUGCCAAGGGAGCCGAGAUAGAAGUGGAUGAAAAUGGCACAUUGGACUUAAGCAUGAAAAAAUCCCGAGUCCUGGACAAGGCUGCACCUCUAACUUCCUCUAAUACUACCAUCCCAACACCUUCCUCUUCCCCAUUCAAAACAAGCAGCGUUCUGGUCAACGCUGCAUUCUAUCAGGCUCUCUGUGACCAAGAAGGCUGGGAUACUCCUAUCAACUAUAGCAAAACACAUGGGAAGACAGAGGAGGAAAAAGAGAAAGACCCAGUGAACUCGCUAGAAAAUUUAGAGGAAAAAAAGUUUUCUGGAGAGGCCUCUAUACCAAGCCCUAAACCCAAGCUCCAUGCAAGAGAUCUCAAAAAAGAACUCAUCACUUGUCCAACACCAGGGUGUGAUGGAAGCGGCCAUGUCACAGGGAACUAUGCAUCUCACCGAAGUGUCUCUGGAUGUCCUUUAGCAGAUAAGACGCUCAAGUCCCUCAUGGCUGCCAAUUCUCAGGAGCUAAAGUGUCCAACCCCGGGUUGUGAUGGUUCUGGACACGUGACUGGAAACUAUGCUUCCCACCGAAGCUUGUCUGGCUGCCCGAGAGCAAGGAAAGGAGGCGUCAAAAUGACCCCUACCAAGGAAGAAAAAGAGGACCCUGAACUUAAAUGCCCUGUAGUAGGAUGUGAUGGUCAAGGUCACAUAUCAGGUAAAUACACGUCACACCGAACAGCUUCCGGCUGUCCCCUGGCUGCCAAGAGACAGAAGGAGAAUCCUCUCAAUGGGACCCCUCUGUCCUGGAAACUGAACAAACAAGAAUUACCCCACUGUCCCUUGCCAGGCUGCAAUGGGCUAGGACAUGUAAACAAUGUUUUUGUCACCCACAGAAGCUUGUCUGGAUGUCCUCUCAAUGCACAAGCUAUCAAAAAGGGCAAAGUCUCUGAGGAGCUGAUGACCAUCAAGCUCAAAGCCACUGGGGGUAUAGAAGGUGAUGAAGAAAUCAGGCAUUUGGAUGAAGAAAUAAAGGAAUUAAAUGAAUCCAACCUUAAAAUAGAAGCAGAUAUGAUGAAACUUCAGACUCAGAUCACUUCCAUGGAGAGCAACUUGAAGACGAUUGAGGAGGAGAACAAACUCAUCGAGCAGAACAACGAGAGUCUGCUAAAGGAGCUGGCAGGCCUGAGCCAGGCUCUCAUUUCAAGCCUCGCCGACAUCCAGCUCCCACAGAUGGGACCUAUCAGUGAGCAGAAUUUCGAAGCAUAUGUAAAUACACUCACAGACAUGUACAGCAAUCUGGAACGGGACUAUUCCCCGGAAUGCAAAGCUCUUCUGGAAAGUAUCAAGCAGGCAGUGAAGGGCAUCCAUGUGUAG